AAAAACGAAUGAAUAAUCCAUAUUAACCAUAUAGACCACCUUACUCUAGAUUGGGGAAUACUCCUCCUUAGAAUGCAAAUAUUCUAUCUUAUGUAGACUCAGUAUUAUAGAAAUCAAGAAACAUGUAUGGACAUCGACCAUCUGAUCCAUUGACAAGAUAUCCAUAAUAAUAUGGAAAUACAGGGAUAAUAAAAACAGAUACAGAUGUUAAGAAUAUAAGUAGUUCUCCUUUACUUGUUUCUUAAAAAUCGAUGGUGCAACAACAGACAUUAAAAAGCAAACUAGAGUAUUAAUCUCCUAAGAAAUGCGAAGAAUUUUAAUUUCAAUAAGAGCAGAGGAAGAAUGUUGGUUCAGUUCCUUAGAGUAAUAAGAGUAAAGAGGAGAAUGAGAAUGUAAAGAUAUUUAAAAAUAAUGAAGGUAAAAGUGAUUAAUGAGUAAGAGAAAAGUGAGAUGCUAAAAUACAAAAACUUUAUGAUAAUAAAGAGAUUGGGUGUGGGUAAAUAUAGUGAAGUGUAUUUGGCAAUACAUAUUAGAACAGGAUUUUUGGUUGCAUUAAAAGUGAUAUAGAAAGCAUUGAUAAUUAAGGAACUGAUGUAAGGUUAAUUGGCUUGGGAAAUAAAAAUUUAGUAUCUUUUAGAACAUCCAAAUAUAACAAGAUUGUACACAUUCUUUUAGACUUGUAAGAUUAAUAAAAUACUUGUAUAGAGACUGAGAUUGUAUUAGUAUUAGAAUAUUGUUCUCAUGGAUAAUUGAACAGUGUACAAUAGACAAAAUAGAAUAAGAGAUUUAAUGAGAAGGAGGCAGCUUAAAUGGUGUAAUAGAUAACAUUAGCUUUGAUGUAUAUUCACAAUUAGGAUGUGAUACAUAGAGAUAUCAAACCAGAUAAUAUCUUAUUGAGUUUUGGAUAAGUUAAAUUAGCAGACUUUUCAUUUUGUGUCUAUUCUCCAGAUGAAUACAGAUAAACCUAAUGUGGAACAUUGAUAUAUGCAUCACCUGAGAUCUUAGAAGGAGACAUGUACGAUAAGAAGAUAGACAUAUGGGGUUUAGGAGUAUUGACCUAUGAAUUAUGUUUUGGAAAACCUCCAUGGAAAGAGAACUAAUAGGAAUUAAUGAAAACAGUAGAAAUAUUAAAUAAUAUCUAAAGGCAUGUUUUAUGAUACCUUAUACUGCAUCAAGAGAUUUGAGGGACUUUAUUGAAAAUCUAGUUAAAAGAUUAUCUCGUGAGAGAUAUACAGCUUAAUAAGCUUAUAAUCAUGCAUGGUUGUAGAGAAGUAUGCAAGUGGUUCCAUUCUAUAUUUCAACUAAUGAAGAUUUAUUUAAUUGA